CGUUACAUGUUGUAAAGCGUUAGAAAUUGAUAAAAUAUUCAUUUCAUGACUGUUCAUGCAAAGUGUCUAGUACUAAUAUAAUUAGUUUGACACAAUUGUUUGGUAGUUUCAUCUUUAAUGGAAAAAUCCAAGCUUGCUACAUCAGCGCAACAUCACAGAUUAUUGGCUUUCAUAACGGUUACUCCUGAAUUGGACGCGGUCUUGGCAACACUGGCGCUAGAUGGGUAUCAAAUAAAACAGCGCAUCUUGAGGAAACAGUGGUUGCGAUGUGUUUGGGUCUGGCGUUACGAGAGGUGCAGGGUACAUAUACUUGAGUUAUAAGUUGUCAUGUUGUUCAGCACUACUCAAAUUUGGAUCUGAUUAAGGACGGCUUAUAUUUACAAGUUAAACUCUAUUUGAAAUUGAGGAAUAAACGUUACAGACGCCUACAAAGUUAAAAACAAAUUCUUAUAUGAAGGUGGCAGUGAUGGGCUAGGAUAAGGCAAACACGAUGCAAGAUUACAUGAACGACUUCCGGGAGCAAUUUGGGAGGCUUUUCAGAUCGGAUAAUGAGAGCGGAUCAACUUUGUACGGUCCUCUAAUAUGUUGGAACGAACGUUUUGGGAACAACACUUCCAACGUAACCGGAAACAACGGGACCAACUGCUCGCUUUCCGACGGGAAUCUACACGUGAUACUAGAUGGAGAAAUACCUCACAACACGAAUACAGCCAACCAUUUCUUUACUUACGUUACACCGGUGAUUUUAAUCGUCGGCAUGAUUGGCAACCUUUUGUCAUUGAUUGUGUUUGUGUCUAAGAACAUGCGUAAGUUAUCAGCAAGUCUAUAUCUUGCUGCUCUCUCUUCUUCAGACAUCCUUGCGUUGUUGCUUUAUGUUCUACCAGAAUGGCUGAAAUACGGACUGACGUCAUUUUCGGACCAUUACGCGGUAGAGUUCCAUCAAUAUAACGGUGUUUGUCAGAUCAUGUUAUACCUGCAAUACAUCGCAAGAUUCCUGUCCUCCUGGUUCGUGGUCUUCUUUACAAUUGAGCGAUUUAUUGGUGUGUGCUUCCCUCUACGACGACGGCAUAUUUGCAACAGGAAAAGCGCCUCAAAGGUUAUACUUGUGACGAUAAUCUUCGCCGCUGUUGGAUGUGCAUUCAAACCUUUUCUGAGCAGAUCAUAUGUUCUGAGGAAUGGAAGGCCGUUAUGCACGAGCGAUCGCGGGAGCCAAUAUAUCUCGUUCAUUUUGGACAGUGUAUUCGGUGUCACUAUAACAUUCAUACCAUUCGUUAUUAUAACAGUGUUGAAUUUGCUAAUAAUACGUCAACUGGUAUUGCAGAACAGGAGAAGUCGUAAAAUCCGCGUGGUUACAGAGGAGUCGGUGAUACGCCUGGAAUUUACAUUCAUAUUGUUGGCAGUUUCGAUUUGCUUCGUUGGAUUGAAUUUGCCAUAUUUUGCCGUGUGGUGCAAGAAAUAUUGGAGUAUAAAACAAAUGUUUAACGUUCAUGAAUAUACCCCAGGUGCUCUACAAAGACAAGACGAUCACCUUGGAAAUCUGGAUGAAAUACUCCAUGUCACCAGGACGAUUUUCUACGUUAACUAUUGUAUCAAUUUCUUUUUGUAUGCGGUAACUGGAGCUUUCUUUAGACAAGAACUUAAACAGGUGUUUUCUAGACGGGACUCUAGACAAAACAGUUACAAGAACAAUGCCAAAUGCUGCACGCGAACAAAUUCCAGAACAACACCAAACUCGUGGGUGUAACGUCAUCGAUGUGACGUCAUCACUCGUAGUUUGCUUGUAAAUAUGUACAUAAUAAAAUCGUACUGAUAUUUA